AUGUCCAGGCGCGACCAGUUCCUGCUCCGGACCGCGCUGGCCGAGGAGCGCAGCACGUCGGACAUGUCGGCGACCUUCAGCUCCAUGCUGGAUGAGGAGGACGAGUUUGGGGAGGGGGACGAGUGGGAGGAGGAUGGCGUUGAGUCUGACGUGGACGAGACGCUCUUGGUCUCCAACCUCGGGCUCUCCGACGAGACCGUGCGCGCGCUGCAGGCCCGCGGCAUCACCGCGCUGUUCCCCAUCCAGAGGCUCGUCCUCCAGCCGGCCAUGGAGGGCCGGGACCUGAUUGGCCGCGCCAAGACCGGCUCCGGCAAGACCCUCGCGUUUGCGCUGCCCGUCAUAGAGGGCAUCCUUGCCGAAGACAGGGAGGCUGCGGGCGGCGUGCCCCUCGACGGCCGGCGGCGGCGCGGGGUGCCGGGGCGGGCGCCGAGGUGCAUCGUGCUGGCGCCCACGAGGGAGCUGGCUAAUCAGGUCGCCAAGGAGUUUGAGUCGGCCUGCCCGAACCUGGUCGUCCGCUCCUUCUAUGGUGGCGUCCCGAUCGGCGCCCAGAUCCGCGAUCUGGCGGGCGGCGUGGACGUGGUGGUGGGGACGCCGGGGCGCGUGAUGGACCUCAUUGAUAGGCGCUCCCUGAAGCUGGAUAAGAUCCGCUACGCCGUGUUGGACGAGGCGGACCAGAUGCUCGACAUGGGUUUCCAGGAGGACAUGGAGAACAUCCUGGGGCAGGCUGCGGGUACCUAA